AUGAAUCUCACACUUCGUCCCGCAACUGCUGCAGACGCAGAGGCCCUCACAAACAUCUACUUCUCAGCGUUCAGCAGCGACGAAAUCUCUCUCCUCUGUUUUCCUCGCUCCUCCGUAUCAUGGACUUGGUGGCACAACUCCAUCCUCUCCGAAAUCCAAGAUCCCUCAUCCCAUUUCCUCUGCAUCCAAGAUGUUUCCUCUCAUACUUCAGAGAUCAUCUCGUACGCAAAAUGGAACAAUACAUCUGCUACCGUAGCCACAACCAACGAUCUACCAGAAUGGCCUCAAGGUUGUGACGUAGAGGUCGCGAAUCACUUUUUCGGAACACUGAUAGAAAGACGUAGAGAGAUUAUGGGAGAGAGAAAGCAUUGGUACUUAGAGAUUGUAGCUACGAAGCCGGAAUUUCAGGGUAAAGGGGCAGCGGGAAAACUCAUGAGAUGGGGAUUGGAAAGGGCAGAUGAAGAUAGAGUAGAGACGUAUUUGGAGGCUAGUCCGAUGGGAAAGGAGGUUUAUGAGCAUUUUGGGUUUGAGGAAAAGGCGAGAUUGGUGGUCCCAGUGGAUGGAAAGAGUGACUUUGUGGAGUGUAUGAUGGUUAGACCCAGAAAUACGAGGGUGGGUGGCGUGUAG